GCGGCAGGAGCCCCGGAGCCGGGCGGGCAGAUGCGGCAGCAGGGGCCCCUUCCCGCGCUGCCUUCCCGGCCGGGCCCCCCGCCGGCGCGAACCAGUGGCCCACGUGUGCGCCGCCUGGGCUGCAUUGCGGCUCCAGCUGCUGCCCGGCGCAACCGAGGGAAGCGAUGCGGAGGCCGAGCAGGUCUGCAGACCCCUGGCACUGCCUGUGGCUUCCCCGGCGGUGGGGAAGGGGCUGCGUCUGGCUGAGCUUUGUUUUGCUGUGUCUUGCCAUGGUCUAUGUAAUCUGCCUGCAGUCAGGGCUUGUGCUGCGUUUGGGACCUCGGGCAGCCCUCCGGGGCAUCCAUGCCCGCCAUGCAGGAAACAGGACUCUGGAACUCCUCCCUGCUGGCUCCAGCAGCCGGAACUUGGGCUCUGCGCCACAAGCUCUGCCCUGGGGCUCCUUCUUUUCCAGCAUCAGGAGUUUCUGGCAGCGUCUGGUGGAGGUGCUGGUUGGGUCCCGGCGUCACCGAAGGGCUUCCCAGUCUAGCCUCCCUGCUCAGCCCCUGCCCUGGCCUGUCUGGCAAAAGGAGCUCUCAUCUCAGGUGCUGGGCCCACGUCUCCAGCAGGUCUUCCGAAACUACCAGGCCAUGAACAAAUACCACGUACCACCAGAUGCUGGUCCACGCCAAGGUACCCCACACCUAACUGGAAUGGAGCUCUUGUGCCAGCUCAAAGGCCGCGUGGAUGUUACGACCCUGUUGGGGGAUGAGGGCCCCUUUGCAGCCCCUGAAUGGGUGGGAGUGCUGCCCCGGAGGAGUCUGGCUGAGGACCUGGGACCCUUGGAGAGGUGUGCAGUAGUGAGUUCUGCAGGCUCCAUGUUGGGAUCCGGACUGGGCAAGGAGAUUGACUCCCAUGAUGCUGUUCUUCGCUUCAACGGAGCGCCAACCAUGGGCUACGAGCAUGACGUGGGCACGAAAACCACCCUCCGCCUUGUGAACUCGCAGCUGAUGGCUUCCCCUGAUCAGCAUUUUCUGGAUGGCCUUCUCUAUGCCCAGGGAGCUUUAGUUGCUUGGGACCCAGCCCCUUACCCAGGAGACCUGCAGGAGUGGUACGAGGCCCCUGAUUACCCCCUAUUCGGCCCAUUCCGCACCGUGCGCUCCCGCAGACCUUGGCAGCUCUUUCACCUGUUGCACCCACGACUGCAGUGGCAGCUCUGGGAACUGGUGCAGGAAGGAGCAAGAGAGCAAGUGCAGAGGAACCCUCCAUCCUCAGGGCUGCUUGGGACGGUGCUGAUGAUGUCACUUUGCAACACAGUUCAUGUCUACGAGUUCCUGCCAUCAAGACGCCAGACACACCAGUGCCACUACUACCAGACUUUCUCAGAUGACGCCUGCACACUUGGUGCCUAUCACCCGCUGCUCUUUGAGAAGGAAUUGGUGCGGCGCAUGAACCGUGGCUCUCAGGAAGACCUGGCGCAACGUGGCCGUGUGACUCUGCCAGGGUUCCGGGCCUUGAACUGUUCAGAGGAUGAGUAAGGCAGGGAAAGAGACAGCCACAGGCAUGGGAAAGUCUGGGUGGUGUGUUCACCAGGAAGCAGGAAGAGUAGAUGGGCCACAGGCACUCCUCAUUGCAGGAAGAGGUCAUCAUGAUAUGGAUGGUCUCAGAGGAGCAGACAAGCCUGGAAAGGUGGCGGCCUCAGACAAUGCAGCCCCUCCCAGCAGCAGGGGGUCAAGGGGCACUAGAAGGAAGAGAGCUUCGGUGAGACUGUUGACAAGCGCAUGGUGUCUCCCCUACCCCUGGAUCAGCUUCUGGUGCUCUCUCCACUUCAACCAAAUGCAACUUCCCUGGACCAGCAUUAGGAUGCUGCUUUCCAUCACAGCUAGGCCAAGACUAGAUCAAAGCUGGUUUUUUUUAAAAAAAGAAUA